AAAAUAAUGAAAAUAAUCCCACAUCAGAACCUGAUAGCGAUGAUGAAACAACAGCCGAUAGUGACUAUGAGUCUAUUGUUGGGCUGAGCACUAAUUUACCCAAAAAAAAAUAUAUAACAAGAAAUAGGAGCAGAAAGUUUAUGUAA